UGAAAUAAUGGAUGUGUAAAUGGAAACAAUGUCAGCUGUCAAGGACUGCACAGCAAGCAAAUAUUCCCAGGUUUUAUACACUCAGGGGUCUAGAAGAAAUAUAUUGGCCUCCCGAAAAAGGGAAAACCUUAGGAAUCGAAAUGUGUGUCACAUGCAUUGUUUCCAGUAGUAGAUUUACUUUUAAGAAAAAACUCCCUCAUCCUUAGUCCCUAGAGAUUUGGGUGAUAAGAAAAAUCUGUCUCUAAUUCAGGGUUGUAAGCAACUCUCCCCAGCAAAAGCAUUGAUGACUUCUAAUGAAGCAGAGAGAAACAUCUAGCUUUGGAAUAGAGGUUGCCAAACAGUAUUCCCAGUGACAUAUGAGAGACUGGAGGAAAGGGCCCCCACAGAAAUUGAUCAAUUUGGGGAAAGCUAGUUAGCAGGUAGGCCUUAGAACUUCCCAGUGACAUCAUCAGUAAGCCCCUCACUGGACAAUCUAUUGUAUCUAAGAGAUCCCUAGAAUCUUCUGUGAUGUCACCAGUGUUGUGGUGACACCAACUGCCAUUGGGAUAUUCCUUCAGUUCCCUUUGGGUUCACAAGCAGGCAUGUUUCGCCAGCUGCUCAGGCUAUUUCGCAAGGAAAGUGGAGAUCAAGGAGAGACCACACCAAGGCAGAAGGAAGAUGACCUCCUCUCUAGUAAAACAGGAAGGAGGAAAUCAUUCCGGGGAAGGCUUGGAUUUGGUAGGAAGACAUCAUCCCAAAUUGUCAUCAGUGAGCAAGAGAAGUGUCGAAAGGAACUGGAGGAACUCAAACUUGAAAUCCAGAAGUGUAAAUUCGAGAGGGAUGAACUUUAUCAAAUCCUGGACUUUUAUAUCUAUGAUGAUUGGGACCUCAGGCUGGAUGUCGAAUUGCCAAUACUUCAAUCCGAACAUGAGAGGAGAAUGAUGGCUAUGCAAAUGAUGACCAACUCAAUAAGUGAUGCCAUGGAGAGGUACAAGGAGGUCAUACAAGUGAACAGUUCCUACCGCAUCAGGCACUCCCAGCUCCUGCAUGAACAAGCUCAAUUGAAGAACAAAAUACAGAUUUUGCUGAAUGAGAAGAGAGAACUGCUGGUGGAGCAGACUGAGCUGCCAACAUCCUCUGUGGAGGCAAAGAGGCUCUGUGAAGAGGCCGGAAUGAACAUCUGUGUCCCCAGAGCCAAGCAACAGCAGGUCUGAAAUUCUCCAGCAGAAACUCGAACAUGACAUAGACCAGGACAAGAUCUCCCUUGGGGAGAUGUGGUACAGGAGGAGCGCUAAGUGUGCACAGCAAAUACACCACUAUUGCAUCUCAUCUGUAAUGUCCAUAGCAAUUGUGGACUGCAUUUUCCUCCUUUAGUUUGAAUUCUUUGGAUUUAAUAGGCUGUACUUUCACCUUGCCUCUCUCCAGCAAGUGUACAGUUUUGGAGUGACUCAGAGAAGUGCUGAUGCACAUCAAUCAAGAGCUGCUGGUCAUCCAGAAAGACUGUGCACGUGUAAAUUUGUACUUGUCCUGAUGGGUCAUCCAGAAGAGUUUCAUGGAGAUCAGUCCACAACAUUGGAAAGACUUUGAGACAAAGUCUGUGAUGUAUUUUAUACUCGGUAUUGGAUGGUCUUGUCCUUCAUACCCCACUCCAAUAGAAGAGACCUCCUUACAUUCCACUUGAAAAGAUUAUUACCAUCAGUAACUGCUUGUCUAUUAUGUUCCAAGGCCAACCACGGGAUAUAAGUCUGUUCUGCAAAAUGAGUAGUAAAAGAAUGUUUAGCAUAAUUCCUCUGUUUAGAUUUUGGUUUGAAUUUUGAUUAUUUUGGUUUUUCUUCUAUUCAUUUGAAAGUUUGGUAUUUAUUUGUUUUUGUUUUAUUCUUGCAGUUGAUUCGCUAUUUUGAUGAGGAUAUAGACUGUAUAUAUUGACUACCCGCAUCCGGUUAUUAUUGAGUAAAUUGGAUGUAUUCCUUUAAAUAAAACAGUAAUCUCAAACUGUUCACUCUUAAGAACCUUCUUUAUUGAUCAUUAGUGUCAACAUCUGAAGUCCCACAGCUAUCAGGAAGGGAUGGAUCUGUGCAUUCUCAUGGGGACUGGGCAUCAAAUCACUUCCCCUUCAGACUGAGAUUCAAAGGCUGUUAUACAGUCACUGUUCACUGUGUUCCCAACUCUGUGAAUUUCAACUUCAUCAUGCAUACAUUACCCACUGUCUAUGCUUGCUGUCAAAUAUAUAGUUACCUCUAAAUUAUAGUCUGUGGAUGAGAGUGUUGAACAAAUUAAUGAGAUAAUC